ACUCAUUUCUUGAUAUGUUGGUUCCGUCACAGAUUCUCCUUUCUCACUCUUCAGCCAACCAAAUUUUCAGUACCUCCGAAACACAUCUGUCCCGGCGCUUCAAGACAGGAGCCGCAGCAUGAAGUUUUACUUGGUGCUAAUUCUCACCGUCGGUUUGGCCUCAGGCCAGUUCAACCGACUUUGCAACAAACCAAGCGAUGAAGGAGAAUGUGACGUACAAGGGAGAGAAGAGAGGUUCUUUUCUCUUCCCGGUACAAAGUACUGCCAAGGAGCAUGGGUGUGUCCUUCGGGAGCGGAUUAUUAUACCACGCUGUCGGACUGCCGCGAGGCAUGCUUAAGCGAGAGUGCUCCACGACCCAAUUCCAACAUGGAACAGUACUGCUUGCGUGCACCACCUGCAGUAGAAUGCAAAGGACUUUCAACGGAGACGAUGGCCUUCUAUGACGCUGAAAGUGGUAAAUGCAAAGAAGUCACGGGGUGUCUGUGGACCGACAACGGCUUCGAGGACGAUACAACCUGUUCCUUCGUUUGUACGCCAUAACGAAGAUCACUUGGGAGCGGCAUGGACAACCUCAUUCCCUGAUGUGUGGAGCAACAACUUCAGCUUCUACUACACCCGUGUCACACGCUCUUACUGUACAUUGCAGUAUAUUAAAAAUCCGAACAACCAAUGAAA